UCCCUGGGUCUGUCACAUCCGCUUGAGAAAACAAAAUGGAUGUGCAAGCUUCCCUGGCUGGUGUCCUACCUGAGGGCUGCUUUUCUUGUGUUUCUCCUGCUAGUUCAUGCAUCAAAGUUUGCCACGGGCAGCCUGCACAGCGGGCACAGCACCUGCUCCACGAGGACUUGGGUGACAGCUGUAUACCAAAGUGUCCCACGGCUCCUGUGCCGAGUUUGAGGCUGUGCUGUGUGGUUUUGGAGAUGUUCCUGUUCAAUAGCCGUGGUUUUGGCCAGAUGUUCCAGGCAGAUCGAAGUUAUGAAUAUGCACGGGGUGCUGGCUGGGAUUUGUAGCCUCGUUUUUUGGGAGCUGCAGGCAUGCUGGUGGCAGGUGUGACCCUGGUGGCGUGGAGGAUGUGCUGCUGGGGACAGGCUCUCCCCGUGCCCUCUCCUGCUCGGGUCUGGAGUCCAACAGAGGAGCUGCAGCUCUGCCUCCUCUCUUGCCAGUGAGAUCCUGUAGGUUCUGUUCCUGUGCAAGAUUUGAGAAUGCAAAUGAGGUGCUUAAAGCAGCCCAGAGGCUAAAAUAUGUAUUCCUGGCAGCUGUGCCUCCCUCGUUUGGAUGUGGCAUUUUUGUAGGCAGCAGAGAGACGCCUUCCCCAGAGCAACAUUAGAGGGGCUUCAGCCAUCUCGAGCCUUUGCCUCUGUGAUUGCUUUUCUGCAGUUCCUGGAAACUUCAAAUAUAAUUUAAACAUGAAGAUCUGUUCUUGCUCCCUGUUAAUGUUGCAUCCAUAUGUAAUUUCAAAGAAGAAGAACUGUAAGUCCAUCUGGUUUUUUAUUCUGGUUUCUCUCCCAGGGGAUAAACCUCCCGCUCCCACAAUUUGCCUUUGGUUUGCUCGCAGACUUAGUGGUGGAAUUCAGGCCAAAAUAGGUCAUUGGUUUGGAUCAGUUCAAUAAACUUAUGUAAGUUUUUACACUAAAACCCCCAGUGUCCUGAGCUUUGCACUUCCUGUCCCCUGAAAGAAAAAUAUUCCCUGUUGUCACCCCAAAGGUGUGAGUGAAAACUGCUGGGAUUUGUUUUUGUCCUGCUGAUGGUUUUGUCUGUCCAUGAGCUUGGGCACAGCCACCUCACCUGUGCAAGGAGAGGAGAAGUCACUUCCAGGAGAGCUGGAAGAUCUGUUCCUCCUCUGUAUUCCCCAUGGCUGGGACUCAUCCCCACUUCCAGGUGGGGAAUAAAGCUCGAGCUCUCCUCAGAGGGACUGGCCUUGGGGUUAAAACAAAUUUCACCAUCAUGUCCUGCACCAAAUGACCCUGGGGCAGGCAGGAGGAGAGAGAUGCUCCUCUGGAUGGGAAAGAGCUCCUGGGCAAAUCCUUUGGGCAAAUCCAUUGCCAGGGCAUCUUCCAUGGGCUGUGCCAGGGAGAUGGGAACGAGACAAGGCACUGCCUGUGCCAAGGUCAAGCAGGCACAGAAGCCCUUGUGGCAUCUUUGAAUGCUUGUUUUCCCUCAAGGUAAGGCAUGGGAGGAAGUUUUCUGCUAGAAGAAUUAAGAAAAGAAGAAGUGUUUGGUUGUUCAGCUGUGAUGUGUUCAGCACUGCAUGAUGGGAACAUCUCUGCCAAAAGAAGAGAGGCUGGAAGACAAAAUCUUCCCCAAAGAGUCAGUGAGACCUAAUCAAACUUCAUCAGUGUUCACUUGCCCAGACAAACAGGACCAGAAUAUUAAACUGACAGAGGGAAGCCUAUUUUCACCAGUUUUCUCUGUGUUACAAAACAGAAUGAGGAGAGUCAAUUGAUUUUCCUGGAGCUGGUUGUGUUUAAAAUGUAUGGGAGGGAAGGGAAGAACUGGGAUACAGGCUGGAAGUAAUCUGCCCCUGGAAUAUCAGUCAGUGCUGAUAUCCCUCUACCCUCCUAAAAUAGCUGUUGGCUUAGAAAAGGGUAAAAAUAAAUUUAAAAAUGAAAGAUUCCUGCUAGCAAGGCCAUGCUUGGAGGAUGGAGGGAAAGCAAAUUCUGGGAUUUGCUGUGGAGGCAGCGAGCUGCCUGGUGCCCUGGUGUGCUAGGAGAGACUGCUGAGGUAAGAGACAGCUUUUUGGGGAGAUCUUGCUGAACACACUGCCAGGAGCACCCAGGGAAAAAAAAGUCUGGGCUUCUUGUUGGGCUGCUGGUAUUCCUGUCUCCUCUCUGUUCCUGACAAAGAGUGGGGAGGACAAGAGGAAUUAAGACCUCCUAGCAGGGAAAAUAGGGAAUAAAAGGCCCCCACCCCAGAUGUUAGAGGGAAAAAUCAGCCACGCUCAGGCUGUUUUCCCACUGCUGGGGUUGGAGCAGUGCCUGUCUGAGCUGAGCCUGCUGCAGGAUGAAAAAUCAGCUCUGAGGUAGCUCUGCUGAUGGAUCCCUCACCCCUCAGCUGCUGCUCAGCUCUCCCUCUCAUCCAAGAUGGACAUGAACCAACUCAAAGCAGUUGAAAUCUUUUUUGGGGUGCAGAUUGGACUCAAAUGUAGAGCUGUGCUCAGCCCAGAAUCCAGAGGCAGGAAAAAUCCCUGUGGAAACUGCAGCUGUACGAGUGAAAAUGAAAAUAAUGCUCACAGCAGUGAAGGUUCCCACCAGCACCAGAGAGGGUGGAAAUGGGAACAGCAAGGAAACCUUCUGUGGGCUGGACUGGGUGAGUUUUUUGCUUUUCCACCUGUAAAAAAGCAGGACUUGGACGGCAAAGCAACUCCAUUGAAACUCCAGGGCAGCGCCUUUGAACGGCGCUUUAAGCCUAGCACUGUUUAAUGCUAAUGCUGUAACUUUAUAUAUAUGGGCUUUUUCUUUUUUUUCCCCCUUUACACAAAGGAGGAAGGGGCUCAAUUCUUCUGAGGGUUGGGUUUUCUGUUCCCUGAGCAGCAGAGCUGCGAGGCCAGCUCUGUCUCUCUGGCAUUUCCAUCUGAAUCUGCCUGAAGGGGGUGAGCUUUUGGGGAAGAAAGAGGCUUCUCUCCCUCUCCAGGCCAGAAUCUGAUCUCCAGAUUAGCCUGCUGGUUAUCAACAGAGGAGCAACAGUUGUGAUUGCAACUCAACACUGCUCCAGCCCUGGAAGAGCGUUGAGGAAAACAGAGUUUCCAAUUGGGAGAGCAAAGGACUGAGCCAUUGUUUCAGACAUCAGCAAUAACUGGCAUGGCAGCACGGGCAUGCAUUCUCCACUGACAUAGGAUUUCGCCCUGCUCUACCAAGACUGGUCUAAAAUUCCAGACCUGAUUGCUCCUCUAGCCUACAAACAGGAUGAACAAGAGAUCAUUCCUGGGAGCCUGGGUGGCCCUUUUGGUGAUAACAGCACAGCAGCGAGCUCACACCAUGGCAAGCCUCUAUCCAUACUGGCAGAACGACACCAAAACCCCCAAAGUUGAUGAUGGCAGCUCCCCUGAAAUCAAGAUCUCUGUGCCAUUCAUCUUUUUUGGAGCCCCAUACAGAAGCAUUUAUGUCAACAACAACGGGGUGAUCUCCUUCAACGCCCUGGUCAGCCAGUUCACGCCCGAGGCCUUCCCGCUGGCCGACGGCCGCGCCUUCGUGGCGCCCUUCUGGGCCGACGCGCACAACGGCAUCCGCGGCGAGAUCUACUACCGGGAGAGCACGGAGCCCGAGCUGCUCCGCAGGGCCUCCGGGGACGUCCGCCGGCACUUCAGGGACAUGGCCUCCUUCUCUGCCCGCUGGCUCUUCAUCGUCACCUGGGAGGAGGUGACCUUCUACGGGGGCAGCAGCACGACGCCGGUGAACACGUUCCAGGCUGUCCUGAUCACAGACGGGGUGUCAUCCUUUGCCUUGUUCAACUACCACGAAAUCAGCUGGACCACGGGCACGGCCAGUGGAGGGGACCCCCUCACUGGUCUCGGCGGGGUGAUGGCUCAGGCUGGCUUCAAUGGUGGAAAUCUCACCAACUUUUUCAGCAUCCCAGGCUCCAGAACCCCAGAUAUUGUCAAUAUUGAGGAAACAACCAACGUAAAUGUCCCUGGGCGCUGGGCUUUCAAAAUAGAUGGCAGAGAAAUAGACCCGGCCAACGGCUGCAGCCUGAGAGGCCAGUUUCUCCGUCAAGGGGAGAUCUUUUGGGACAACGCCAACUGCACCACCAAGUGCCGCUGCCUGGACUUCAACAAUGAGAUCCUGUGCCAGGACAUGGCUUGUGGCCCCUUCGAGGCGUGUGAGACGAAGAGCAAAUUCUUCCAGUGCGUGCCGGUGGAGAGCAGCACCUGCGUGGUGUUCGGAGAUCCACAUUACCACACCUUCGACGGCUUCCUCUUUCACUUCCAGGGUUCCUGCUCCUACCUCCUCGCCAGGCAGUGCUGGCCAGGCUCCCAGCUGCCCUACUUCAACGUGGAGGCCAAGAAUGAGAACCGAGGCGGCUCCUCCGUCUCCUGGCUGAGGGAUAUUUAUGUGGAGGUCUACUCGCACAAGAUUGUUCUCCCCAGGGGCGGAUUUGGGAAGGCAAAGGUGGACGACCUGGUGGUGUCCCUGCCCAUCUCCUUGGAACUGGGCGCAAUCAAGGUCUACCAAAGCGGGCUGUCCACUGCCCUGGAGACUGACUUUGGCCUGCUGGUGACCUACGAUGGACAGCACUACGCCUCCGUGUCCGUGCCGGGCUCGUACAUCAACGCCACGUGCGGGCUGUGCGGCAACUACAACAAAGACCCCGAGGACGACGUCCUGCGCUCAGAUGGGAGGGUGGCCACGUCCGUGCCAGAGCUGGGCGAGAGCUGGCAGGUGCCACAUCCCGAGCGCAGGUGCUCCACGGGCUGCCUGGAGAACUGCAGCCUCUGCGACGCCGCCACCGAGGCGCUGUAUUUCACCCCCGAGUACUGCGGCUUCAUCAACAAGAGCGGGGGGCCCCUCUGGGAGUGUGGCUCUGUCGUGGAUCCCACUGCCUUCAUCCACAGCUGCGUCUACGACCUCUGCAGCGCCAAGGACAAUGGCACUGGUCUGUGCCAGGCCAUCCAGGCGUACGCCACCGUGUGCCAGGCCCUGGGCAUCUCGGUGGGAGAGUGGAGGAGCCAGACAGGAUGUGCGGCGGCCGUGCAGUGCCCGGAGCUCAGCCAGUACUCGGUGUGUGCCACCAGCUGCCCUGCCACCUGCUCCGACCUCACUGCCCCGCUGGCCUGCACCUCCCCCUGCACCGAGAGCUGCGAGUGCCCCGAGGGCCACGUCCUCAGCGCCGACCGCUGCGUCCCCGUCCAGGGCUGCGGCUGCGACGUGAACGGCCGCUACUACGCCGUCGGGGAGUCCUUCUGGGCAUCACCAGACUGCACUGUGCAGUGCCACUGCGAGGCUGGCGGGGAGGCCAGGUGCUUCAACACCACCUGCCCCGAGGGAGAGAUCUGCACCAUCGAGAACGGCUACCGGGGGUGCUACCCAAAGCGGGAGACUGUGUGCUUGGUGGGGCAGGACCAGGUGCUGCAGACCUUUGAUGGCAUCACCUUCCCCUACCCGCUGGAACAGUCCUACACGCUGCUCAAGACCUGCCCAGAGAGGCCAGACUUCAUUGAGGUGGACAUCAACCAGAAGAAGGUCGGCUCUGCUCCCAACGGGCCGCGCGUCGUGCGGGUCCAGGCGGUCGGCCAAGAAGUGAAGAUUGGAGGCACCAGGCUGUCAGACAUUAAGGUGAAUGGUUAUGACAUGGAGCUGCCCUACUUCCACCCCUCUGGGCGCCUGGAAAUCUACCGGACUGACAACAGCACCGUGAUGGAGUCUGAGGGGCUCCUGGCCAUCAGCUACUACGACUCCGGCCUCCUGGAGAUCCGCCUCUCCACCUCCUACUUCAACUGCACCGGGGGCCUCUGCGGCCUCUUCAACGACAACGCCACCGACGAGUUCUGCCUGCCCAAGGGCAAGUUCACCGACAAUCUGGAGCUCUUCCUGGAGAGCUGGACCACCUUCGACGAGAUCUGCAACGGCGAGUGCGGGGACCUGCUCAUGGCUUGCAACAACGACUCGGAGCUGCUCAAGUCCUACAGGAGCCGCUCCAGCUGCGGCAUCAUCAACGACCCCACCAACAGCUCCUUCCUGGAGUGCCACAGCGUGGUCAAUGUCUCGGCCUACUACAGGACAUGCCUCUUCCGCCUGUGCCAGAGCGGGGGCAACGUGUCAGAGCUGUGUGACUCGGUGGCACGCUACGCCAGCGCCUGCAAGAACGCCGACGUGGACAUCGGCCAGUGGAGGAGCCACAGCUUCUGCCCUCUCUCCUGCCCGGAGAACAGCCACUUUGAGGAGUGCAUGAGCUGCGUGGAGACCUGCGAGAGCCUGGCCUCGGGCCCCGUGUGCAGGGACACCUGCUCGGAGGGCUGCCAGUGCGACGAGGGCUUCGCCCUGCGCGGCACCCGCUGCAUCCCCCGCCGCGAGUGCGGCUGCAACUUCGAGGGCCGGCAGCUGGCCACCAACCAGACCUUCUGGAUGGACAUCUCCUGCCACUUCCUGUGCUACUGCAACGGCUCGGACAACAGCGUGUACUGCGAGAAUGUGUCCUGCAAGGACGACGAGUACUGCCUGGAGGAGAACGGCCUCUACUACUGCCACGCCCGCACCGAUGCCUCCUGCAUCAUCUCGGGCUAUGGGCACUACCUGACUUUUGAUGGCUACUCCUUCGACUUCCAGAGCAGCUGUGAGCUGGUGCUGUGCACCACCAUCUCCCGGCCCAGGGUGGAGCGCUCGGACACAUUCCCAACGUUCACCGUCACGGCCAAGAACGAGGAUCGGGACACCUCUCUGGCCCUGUGGGUGAAGCAGGUGGAAGUGGAGGUCUUUAAUUACAAGAUUGUUAUCCACCGUGCCUACAAGUACACUGUGCUGAUCAACGAUGAGCGUCUCUACCUGCCCCUGAAGCUGGGCCAGGGCAAAGUGAACAUCUUUGCCUUCGGUUUCCACAUCGUGGUGGAGACCGACUUCGGGCUGAAGGUGGUGUACGACUGGAAGACCUUCCUGUCUGUCACCAUCCCACGGGCCUUCCAGAACCUCACCUAUGGCCUCUGUGGCCGCUACAACGGCAACCCCGAGGACGACCUGGUGGCUGCAGGGGGGACACCGGCCACCAACAUCAGUGACUUUGUGCAGAGCUGGGCCAAGCGGGAUGCGUUCUGCCGCGUGGGCUGCGGCGACCGCUGCCCGGCCUGCGGCAAGGUGGAAGGAUUCUGGAAGCCCCAGCAGCUCUGCAGCCUCAUCCCCAGCCAGAGUGGUGUCUUUGCCAAGUGCCACAGCAAGAUCAACCCCGGCUUCUUCUACAAGAACUGCCUCUUUGACACCUGUGUGGAUGGGGGGGCCAUGCAGACAGCCUGCAGCUGGCUGCAGAACUACGCCAGCACCUGCCAGACUCAGGGCAUUGCCAUCACUGGCUGGAGGAACUUCACCUCGUGCUCUGUCAGCUGUCCCCCCAACAGCCACUACGAGAGCUGUGUGUCCCUGUGCCAGCCCCGAUGUGCUGCCAUCCGGCUGAAGAGCGACUGCAGCCACUACUGCGUGGAGGGCUGCCAGUGUGACCCUGGCUAUGUCCUCAAUGGCAAGAGCUGCAUCCUGCCCCACAACUGUGGCUGCUACUCUGAUGGCAAAUACUACGAGCCCAAGCAGCUCUUCUGGAGUGGGGACUGCACCCGGCGGUGCCGCUGCUUCCGGCGCAACCUGAUCCAGUGCGACCCCCGGCACUGCAAGUCGGACGAGGAGUGCGCGCUGCGCAACGGCGUCCGCGGCUGCUUCAGCACCCGCAGCUCCUUCUGCCUGGCGGCCGGCGGCGGCGUCUUCCGCACCUUCGACGGCGCCUUCCUCCGCUUCCCCGCCAACUGCGCCUUCGUCCUCUCCACCAUCUGCCAGAAGCUGCCCGACUUCUCCUUCCAGCUCAUCAUCAACUUCGACAAGUGGUCCUCGCCCAACCUCACCAUCAUCUCCCCCGUGUACUUCUACAUCAACGAGGAGCAGAUCCUCAUCAGCGACAGGAACACUGUAAAGGUGAACGGAAGCCUCGUGAGCAUCCCCUUCGUCACAGGGCUGUCCACCAAGAUCUUCAGCCAGGAGGGCUUCCUGGUCAUCGACUCCAGCCCCGACAUCCAGAUCCGCUACAACGGCUUCAACGUCAUCAAGAUCACCAUCGGGGAGCGGCUGCAGAACAAGGUGUGCGGCCUCUGCGGCAACUUCAACGGCGACCGCACCGACGACUACGCCACGCUGCGGGGCAAGCCGGCCGUCAGCAGCGUGGUGCUGGCACAGAGCUGGAAAACCAACGGCAUGCAGAAGAGCUGCAACGAGCUGCAGUACUCGCAAUACGCCGCCUCCUGCGACAACGUCCAGAUCCAGGAGCUGCAGAGUGACAGCUACUGCCUGAAGCUGACCGACAUGAAAGGCUUCUUCCAGCCCUGCUACGGCCUCCUGGACCCGCUGCCCUUUUAUGAGUCCUGCUUUCUGGAUGGCUGCUACAACCACAAGAAGGUCCAGCUGUGCGGCUCGCUGGCUGCCUAUGGAGAAGCCUGCCGGACCUUCGGCAUCCUGGGCACCGACUGGAUCGAGAAGGAGAAUUGCUCAGGAGUGGUGGAAGAUCCCUGCGUGGGCGCCGACUGCCCCAACCGCACCUGCGAGCUGGACAACGGCGGGGAGCUGUGCGGCUGCAUCGAGCCCCCGCCCUAUGGGAACACCACCCACGACAUCAUUGAUGCGGAGGUGACCUGCAAGGCUGCCCAAAUGGAGGUGUCCAUUUCAAAGUGCAAGCUGUUCCAGCUGGGCUUUGAGCGUGAGGGCGUGCGAGUCAAUGACCGCCACUGCCCCGGCAUCGAAGGGGAGGACUUCAUCUCCUUCCAGAUCAACAACACCAAAGGCAACUGUGGCAACUUGGUGCAGUCCAACAGCACUCACAUAGUGUACAAGAACACGGUGUGGAUCGAGAGUGCCAACAACACGGGCAACAUCAUCACCCGGGACAGGACCAUCAAUGUGGAGUUCUCCUGUGCCUAUGAGCUGGACAUCAAGAUCUCCCUGGACUCAGUUGUGCGGCCGAUGCUCAGUGUAAUUAACCUGACGGUGCCGACACAGGAAGGGAGCUUCACCACCAAGAUGGCUCUGUACAAGAACUCAUCCUACAAGCACCCGUACCGGCAGGGCGAGGUGGUGCUCACCACCCGGGACGUGCUCUAUGUGGGGGUCUUUGUGGUGGGGGCCGACUCCAACCACUUGAUCCUGAUGCUGAACAAGUGCUACGCCACCCCCUCGCGGGACAGCAACGACAAACUGCGCUACUUCAUCAUCGAGGGAGGGUGCCAAAACAUGAAGGACAACACCAUUGGCAUAGAGGAGAACGGGGUGUCCCUGACGUGUCGCUUCCACGUCACCGUCUUCAAGUUCAUCGGGGACUACGACGAGGUUCACCUGCACUGCGCCGUGUCCCUCUGUGACUCCGAGAAAUACUCCUGCAAAAUCAACUGCCCUCAGCACACGAGGAUGGCCAGCGCCUUCGCCGAGGAGUCCAAGGAGCAGAUCCUCUCAGUGGGGCCUAUCCGGAGGAAGCGAUCAGACUGGUGCGAGGACAACGGAGGCUGUGAGCAGAUCUGCACGAGCCGGGCAGACGGGCCUUUGUGCAGCUGUGUGACAGGGACGCUGCAAGGGGACGGCAAGAGCUGCAGGGGAGCCGCCAUGGAUCUGGUGCUGGAAGCCGCGGACCGGCACCUGCUGACCCCCUACGUGUACCCGGCGGGGUGGCCCGAGGGCGAGCCCUGCCGCCAGCUCCUCAGCCUUUUUGUCAUCACCAACCUGGGCGCCCUCGCCCUCUACCUGCUCUUCGGCACCCUCAGCUACUACUUCAUCUUCGACCACGAGCUCAAGAAACAUCCCCAGUUCCUGGAGAACCAGGUGAGCCGGGAGAUCGCCUACGCCGUGCGCUCCCUGCCCUGGAUCAGUGUCCCCACCGUGGCCCUGUUCUUCGCCGAGGUGCGGGGCUACAGCAAACUCUACGACAACAUCGAGGACUCCCCGUAUGGCUGGUCUGGUGUCUUCCUCAGCAUGCUGUCCUUCCUCUUCUUCACUGACAUGGGCAUCUACUGGAUACACCGUGGUCUCCACCACAAGCUGUUUUACAAGCGCUUCCACAAGCCCCACCACCUGUGGAAGAUCGCCACGCCCUUCGCCAGCCACGCCUUCCACCCCGUGGAUGGCUUCAUGCAGAGCCUGCCCUACCACAUCUACCCCUUCCUGUUCCCCCUGCACAAAGUCACCUACCUGGGCCUCUACAUCUUCGUCAACGUCUGGACCAUCUCCAUCCACGACGGCGACUACCGCGUGCCGCGGCUGCUGCGGCACGUCAUCAACGGCUCUGCCCACCACACCGACCACCACCUGUACUUCGACUACAACUACGGGCAGUACUUCACCCUCUGGGACAAGAUUGGGGGCUCUUACAAGAGCCCCACGUCCUUCGAGGGCAAAGGCCCCCACGAUUACCUGCGCAAGCUCCGAGAGAAAGACUCGGUGGCGUCCAACGGCAUCGGGGGCUCCAAGAAAGACCCGGGAGCAUCCAACGGCGUCGUGGCCUCCAAGACUGAGUAGGCUUCCUCCAAGUGUGUCCCUUCUCUGGCUGGAUCUGGUCCCAUUCCUCACCAGCCACCCAAGACUGUUUCCCACGGACAAAGAGCCCCUGUCCCUGAUGACGUGACCAGCGUGGGGUGAUUUUUGGUGAGCGCGGCAUCCAGCCUUGCUCCACACCACAGAUCUGCCCUGGUUUCCCUACUGCUUCCCCUCCCAGCUCCCUUUGGAUCUCUGCUAAGGUCCCUGCGCUGCUUUUAGUGCUGUGCUGCUGCUUUACAAGAAGAAUAACAUGGCACAAAUAGAACAGUAACGUGGCACAAAUUAAUGUGACUCGCGUCAGGGUCUUUGUUCCACUGCUGCGCCCCUUUGUUGACGAUUCCUUGUUCCCAUCAUGGUGUCCAUCGGGACGAGCUGUAUUUUGGAAAAAAACCCUACCUUUUGGAGGUGGUGUGGCUUCUUCUGAUGGCUCCCUUGGUGGGACUCCUUGCACUCAACCUCCUUCCUCUUGCCCGGGGAUGUCCCAUGGAAACAUCAUGCCUGUAGGACAGAGGCAGGCUUUGAGUCUUGUGGGUCUCUCGAGCUCCCUGAGAGCACUGAGGGGGAAGGGAGGAGGACCAGGCUCCCAGAUAUGAGGGGAAGGGGCUUCUCCGCACUCAAAGGUUCGUGGCCAGCUUCCCCCUUAAGGGCCUGUGUGUUUCCUGCUGAAAUCUGGUCACUCCAUCUUUGGGGUGACCCAUUUUCAAUAAAUCUCAAUUGCCAACUUG